UUCUCCAAAUUUUCGCCUGCGGCGCUGAAAAAAUAAAAAUAUGUGUACAAUAAAAUUUGCGUUCAAACUGCCAGCGUUCAAACUGCCAAAAUUUUUGCGCACACCACAUUUUAGCUCCCCUAAAAUCGACACCCGGGCUACGCCCUUGCUUCUACCCACAUAAAAAUUUGGAAAAAUCGUGGUACAGACUUGGUAUGCUUGAGUCAUGACAUCCUUUGAUAGUUUAUUCCAAUUUAUAAAUAGGGGGUCAAAGUUUUGUCCGCAAGUUUUGCCGCAAAAAAUUUUCCAUCUUUUUUAGGUUUAAUAGCUUAUACACUCUUCCCACGAAAAAUGAGUAUUGACCAAGCAGGUAAUAAACGAAUUAGAAAUAUUAUUCGAAAAGAACUUAUUACUGUUGGACCGACAACUUUAGCACUUCCACUUACCGAAGAAUUCCUUCAUUAUGACUCAGGUAUUUUCCACCCAUAUCCAGAAAAAGAUUUUGAAAAUCGAAUAAUAUAUUGGCAUGUUGUUCGAUUAAUAGGUUGGGGGCAUGAUGAAGAAGAUAGACUUUAUUGGAUAGCUGCAAAUAGCUUUGGAGAGCAAUGGGGUGAAAAUGGUCAUUUCAAAGUAGAUACCAGCCUAUUGGAAAAUUUUGGUUUAGAAUACGAAGCGGGACUUUAA